AUGAGAAGAUCCAAUCAUGCAAGGCCGCAUACGGCUCUUCCCGGCGUUUUGCCGAUAGUUUUCUUGCUUAUCCUAUCCGCGGCGGAGCUAGCGGCGGGUCAAGCACAGCCCGAUCCGAGAACUAACGUAUACAACUACGGAAAAUUAAGCCCGGCCAUGGCGGUGAUCGUUGUGAUCCUAAUCGCUGCUCUCCUCUUCAUGGGCUUCUUCUCCAUCUACUUCCGCCACUGCUCCGGCGUACCCGACCCCGGCGUUUCGCCAGCUGGCGGAGCUAGAUCAAGAGGAACCGUCAACGCCGCGGCGCGUGGUCUCGACGCAUCGGUCGUUGAGACUUUCCCGACGUUCGUGUACUCGGAGGUGAAGACGCAGAAGCUCGGGAAAGGGGAAUUGGAGUGCGCGAUUUGCCUGAACGAGUUCGAAGAUGACGAAACGCUGCGUUUGCUGCCCAAAUGCGAUCACGUGUUUCAUCCUCACUGCAUCGGCGCAUGGCUCGAGGCUCACGUGACUUGCCCCGUUUGCAGAGCGAAUCUCGCCGAGCAGGUUGCGGAAGGAGAGUCGAUCGAACCGAGAGGUACCGAACCAGAUCUUGAGUUGCAGCAGGUGGUUGUGAAUCCCGAACCGGUGGUUGCUGCUCCGGUACCGGAGCUAUUGAGUACGACGGAGAUCGAUUCGAGGAGAUUACCUGGAGUACCGGUGGAUCUUAAACGAGUCAAAUUCUCGAGAUCGCAUACGACGGGACAUUCUGUGGUUCAACCGGGGGAAUGUACCGAGCGGUUUACUCUCCGGUUACCGGAAGAUGUGAGGAAGAGGAUAAUGGCGAAUUGGAAACUAAACCGGUCGAAUAGUCUUCUGGUUCUUCCUAGAGGAGGGAGUUCAAGGAGAGGUAAGUCGAUUGAUCGGUCAAGAGCUCGGUCUGAUCGGUGGUUGUUCCGUAAGACGCCGUCGUUUCUGUGGAGGAGUCGAGAUGAUGGUUCGAUUAGGCUAGGUGCUACCGGUAGCGUUCGAGCCAGUACUGUACCGAGUUCAACCGGUGAUUCGGUACGUGUAGACCGUUGGGCUUUCCUAAGAAACGCGUCGUUUUUGUGGAGGAGCUCUUCGGUGCAUGUGGCAAGAGGAGGAGUCAAUAAAGACGGCGAAGGAACUUCGGUUAAAUCGACCGGUACAGGUGGCUCAACUAGUGGUUCGGUGAGAUUACCAGUUUAG